GUGCGAUUCCAGGAUGUUUAACUGUCGUGCACCUAAUCUGCAUCUGGAGUAAAGUUAAAACCCCGUUGUAGGGUUGCACCGCCAAGGUGUCGGCACCCUGGUGCAGGGUUUGUCGCACGCUAAUGGAAAAGCGAAUGGCAACUUUUCCCUGUCAUAACCAGAUAAACAUGAAAAUGUGACACCGGCAGGUCUACAAGUGACAACCAGCGACUACAAUACCACAGCGAGCGAUAAUAAUUCAGUAAUAUCGCAUUGAUUGAUUCAAGUCACUCCUAGGGAAAGAUCUUGCGCUUCUUGUCUGGCUGGAGAGGGGAGCAGAGGCGGCGUGCAGUCAUUCAUUCACAUGAUGAUGUGGGAGAAGAUCGGGGAUCCGAUGAGCAGCGGAACAAAGUCUCUGGGUUGAUUUCACAAUCACUGAGAUCAUCUGCAACAUCAGACCGGGGUGAGCGUCAUACCAUGUCUGCGAAACAGCGAAAAAAAAUACCCGAUGCAUAGAGAGGGGUCGGUGUUGUGGGAUUUUUUUAAGCUUGGGUUUAAAAGUCUCCCAGACCGUCUUUCAGUGUAAUUCCAGAUCACUUUGGUGCAUCGCUGCGCUGAUACUACGAGCUGAUGGUGUUGAAUAUCUGACCUCACUUUUUCCCCCCUGCACAGCUGCGUGAGAAGCGGCUCGAAGCCUGGAAAGGGGGGGGGGUUCUCUUAUGAAAGUACCGCCAGCAUGUACUGGUACGCCGUACGUGGACCGGGCAAAAGCGUUUGCUGGUGUCAGUAUUGCUGAAAAUGGACGAGUCGUCGCUCUUGGAUUUACUGGAAUGCUCCGUGUGCCUGGAGCGGCUGGACACCACCGCCAAAGUACUGCCCUGCCAGCACACCUUCUGCCGCCGCUGCCUGGAGAACAUUCUCUGCUCGCGCAACGAGCUCCGCUGCCCCGAGUGCCGGAUACUGGUGGAUUGCGGUGUCGACGAUCUGCCGGCCAAUAUCCUCCUGGUUCGCUUGCUGGAUGGGAUUAAGCAACGACCCAGGAACGGGGGGAGACCUGCGCUGACCGGGGUGUCUCUUGGAUGUGCGGCCGGCAUUGCAGGUUCCACUCCAGGGACACCGAUCCGAGACCUACCGAUUGCUUCUCGGGGCUCUCCGGUCAAGAAUGUUCCGCAGCUGCCUUGUGGGAAGGCUUUGUACAGCUAUGAAGGCAAGGAGCCGGGAGACCUCAAGUUCAACAAGGGUGACAUCAUCAUCCUGCGCCGGAAAGUGGACGAGAACUGGUACCACGGCGAGCUUAAUGGAAGCCACGGCUUCCUCCCGGCCAGCUACAUCCAGUGCAUCAAGCCUCUGUCACAGCCCCCGCCCCAAGGCAAGGCACUUUACGACUUUGAAGUCAAAGACAAGGACCAGGACAAGGACUGCUUGACCUUCACUAAGGAUGAAGUUCUUACUGUGAUUCGAAGAGUGGAUGACAACUGGGCAGAGGGUAUGCUGGGAGAUAAAAUCGGCAUUUUCCCCAUUUUGUAUGUGGAGCUGAACGAGACAGCCAAGCUGCUGAUGGAAAUCGACAAGCCGAGCCCGGUACCCGGGGCGAGCGGCCGGCCCGGAUCCUCGGGGGCCUCGUGCUCGAGCCCCGGCGCCCCGCCGGACAACAGCAACCCCGCUAGCGCCAUCCACCGGCGGCCCGACGGCAAGAAAAACGCCAAGAAGAGGCACUCGUUUACGGGACUGAGCAUCACCCAACGCACAGCCCAGGCGCUUAGCAACCGGCACUCCAUGGAGAUCAGCGCGCCGGUGCUCAUCAGCUCGUCGGACCCGCGCGCCGCCGCCCGCAUUAGCGACUGCCCACACCUGUCCUCUAGCGCCCCCACGGAGGACUCCUCCUCGUUCGCCACGACCUCAUCAUCGGCUGUGGUGGCCCUGCCCAGAGUCACCUCAGGGUCUGCGGACCUGCUCGCCGCCGCCAAGGUCCAGCUGCCAUUGAACAUAUACCUGGCCAUGUACGCAUACAGACCCCAGAAGGCCGACGAGCUGGAGCUGCGGAAGGGCGAGAUGUACCGAGUGACAGAGAAAUGCCAGGACGGAUGGUUCAAGGGCACGUCUCUGCGCAGCGGCGCCUCUGGUGUCUUCCCUGGGAACUACGUCACACCUGUGUCCAGGGCCCCCUUCGUGGUGGGACAGUCCCGCGUGUGUCUCUCUGGGUCGGCUCAGGCCGUGAAGGUUAACCCCAGCUCCCCGGGGUCCGCCGGGCCCUCCAGCCCGGUUCUUCUAGGCUCGGGGCCGCGCUCGUCCACCCCCCAGCUAGCCAGCCCUAUGGGUCCUUCCCAGUCCGCCUCCAGCUCCCCGCAACUGCAGCCGGCUGCUGCGCACCUGAAGAACUGUCUACGCGCGUCGGGGCAGCAGGCGGCUGGAUUGGGCCAAUCGCGCACACCCAUGCAGCUGGUGCACAGCCCCCCCUUGGGCAGCCCCGAGCGGCCAGCCACAGCCGCGGCGCUUCCCUCUCUACGCCCCCACAGCUCCCCGGGCCCCUUGGCGCGCCCCCUCUCCGUGGCCUCCCCCCAGCACGUCCGCCCUGUCAUCCCCCUCACCUCCGCCGCGGCGGCCAUCACCCCGCCCAACGUCAGCGCCGCUCACCUCAACGGGGAGGUGCUGGCCAGCCCCCUGCGGCCCCCCUCCCCCGGGCACGCACAGGGGGCCAGCGCCAACCCGGCCAAGCUAGACGAGAAGAAAGCUGAGAAGAAGGAGAGAAAGGGUGGAGGUUUCUUGAAACUCCUCUCUGGUGCAGCAGCCAAGAAGAAGUCCCGCUCCCCGCCGUCCGUGUCCCCGACCCACGAUCCCCAGCCCCAGGCCGCCGGCGAUAUGCCAGCACAUGGGGCUGCGGGCGCCUCGGGACCCAGCCACGGACGCGCCGGCUCCUGCCCCAUCGAGAGCGAGAUGCAGGGCGCCAUGGGCAUGGAGCCUCUGCACAGGAAGUCGGGCUCCCUGGACCUCAACUUCUCGGUGUCGCCGCCGGCCCGGCAGCCCUGCUCCGCUUUGCUCGCUCUCCGUCCAGAACCCAAGCCCCUGUCCAGAGAGAGGUACCGUGUGGUGGUGCCCUACCCCCCCCAGAGCGAAGCCGAGAUCGAACUGAAGGAGGGCGACAUCGUCUUUGUCCACAAAAAGCGGGAGGACGGCUGGUACAAAGGCACCCUGCAGCGCACGGGUCGCUCCGGCUUAUUUCCUGGCAGCUUUGUGGAAAGUUUCUGAGAAGUGAUGGGGGGGUUGCGGGGGUGGGGGGUUCGGUCCAUUGGAGAUCUCAAGCAGGGGGGGUUCUCUUCCAGCGAGCUUUCAAGAUAGACCUUCACAGUGGAUGCCACAUGGGGGUCCCUUGCUCUGCAACCUUCAGAAGCAGGAAUCCAGCCGCCCCCCCCCCAUGGUGCUGACAAUAGUCUGUAGUCUACUACAAUAGUCUAUAUAUAUAUAUAUAUAAAAUGUUUUCUACACCAUCGAGAUUAUCUCUACAGAUUUCCAUUCAGAGACAAUGGCACUGCAGCAGAAGGAGCACAAUGAUGCAAAAACAAAAAGGAGAAUCAUUAUUAAUCACUGCCAUUGCUAAAUGUUAAUUUUUUCUUCUAAAAUGUAAAGCAGAGAGGACUUCUUCACCGGGGUUGCUGUAAUCUCCUCCACACGUUCAGAUCUGGGCUGCAGCUGGCGGUCUGACCUCACUGACAUGCCCAGAGGCCACUGUCCGUUCAGCGGUCUGGCUCAAGUUAGUGCCUUCCAUCUUUUCAAAAAGAGCGCCCCCUUUUGGUGGUGGAGUGUACCUAGCCCUCUGGUGUGGCAGACCUCAAACUCUUGAUAAAUGUAAAGUUUCGGUUUUCUUCAUCCGUUUUGUACUGUCGCUUUAUCGGGAAGCAGCUACAGUGAAUCGCGGACGUCUGCAUGUCUGCGUCUGUAGCGCCAUUAAGCCCUUUUUUUCGUGCCGUCACUUUAGCGUCCCGCAGGUCUGCGUUUCAGCUUCAGCCGUGCAGGGCGUUGAAGGGUGCCUCAGGAUCUGAGCUCGACAAGGAAAAUGGAGAUCGCUGGAUCGCUUCAUAUCCGUUUGGCAGCGGCAACAUACAUAUUUUCUGAACAAUAGCAUCCCUGAUAAUCCUCAUCGCCUAGCGGUCCUUAACUCAGAAGCCAGUGACAUCGGCAGUCAGGGAAACUGGGCAAGAUGAAGUGUAGCAUCGCUGAUUAAAUUCAGCGUAGGGUAUAAGAAUAUCCUCAGUUUAUGAAUAACAUCUUGUAGAGAUGACAGGUUUUUUCUCCACCACGCAACCCCCCCGGGGGGCACAAUCCGGCACGUACCAAAGCUCAGUGCCGAGCUCCUACGUCUCACCGUAAAGCACAAUUUUGACUCUAUCAUGAAUUAUUAAUCACUUUGGUCUCUCCCCCCCGCCCGCA